AUGCCCAUGGGCAUCGCAUGGCCAGAAUCAUGCAUCAACACUAUAGACUUAGGCGCCUUUGUACACCCAUGGGUGCUCCGCUGGGUCGCCCACGAGGAGGACUGUCAACAUGACCCAGCUACAACGCUGGAGUUAGCUGUCGUACAGGGUUUCCUGGAUCUCCGCUGCUGCAAGGUGCAGCCACCGCAAGAACACAUGAACGACAGUCAGGAUAAGAACCAAAAAAAGAAGAAGGUGAAGGGUGUUAGGAGAAGGCGUUGGAGGAAGCAGGAGUCAGGAGGAGAAUGGGGAAGGAGAGGUGAAGGUGAAUGUGGAGGAAGUGUGAGGAAGCAAAGGGUGAAGGUGAAGGAAAAGGAGAAGGAGGCGAAGCAGCAGGCCUUGUGUCGGUGCCCGCUACCCCGGCAGAUUCCAGACAGUGGAGCAACCCACUGUCAGUUCCCCGACACGGUCCCACUAACUAACAACCCAACACCAACACUGAGCAGUGAUGGUGCAGUAGUUGUUUUGUGUUAG